AGCGAUCCAAGCCUCCACCCAGCCGGAUCUGAUGUGCUGACGUGUCGGCUCCUUCAACCCAGUGCUUAUGCUCCGGCUGCGAAAUCAAGCCAGGCAACAAAACUGCCAGCAUGGCAGCAAAACACUUUUACCGAAAAGGCUUUUUAUUACUUUUAUUUAAUUUUAUUUCAACUGCAGCCUUGGAAAAGCGGUUCUCCGACUUUAAAAGAUGCGCCGAUGAGGAGUGCAGCAUGCUCUUAUGUCGGGGAAAAGCAGUGACAGAUUUCAAAGGACCAGACUGUCGGUUCUUGUCAUUCAAGACUUCAGAAACUGUCUAUGUAUACUACAAACUUUCAGGCAGAAGGGCUGACAUGUGGGCUGGAAGUGUUGGAAAUCAAUUUGGCUAUUUCCCAAAGGACCUUCUUGCAGUCAACCAUGUUUAUACAGACAAAGAACAUGAAAUUCCAGCAGAGGAAACGGAUUUUGUUUGUUUUGACACUGGAUUUGAUAGGUUUGACAACUAUGAUGUAGAUUCACUGUUGGGCUCCAUGGCAGAGGAGAGUGACAGUGAAAAUGAGGGAACAUCUGAACAAAUCCAAGAAGCAGAAGGCACUCAAAAUGAAACAAAGCCAUCAGAUGAAGAGGCAACAGACAGUGAAAAAUUAAUUGAGCCUUAUGAUAACUCUGAGGAUCUUGACAAAGUCCCAGACAAGCAAAGUGCCUCUUUGCCUCAACCUGAUGUGGCAAAUGAAUCACCUUCUACAAAAGAAGUAGAGCCUGAUGUGGCAGCUACACCUGACAGUACUGAGAGGGCUGCAGAAGACAAAGGGAAUGAGCAAAAACCAACAGCCGACUCUGUUCUUGAAACUGUCGCUAUAAAGAAGAGUGAAACCAAAGAUACACUCACAAAACAUGAGGCAGAAUCUCUGCCCAAAGAUGAGUUUGUUUCAAAAAAUGAGCCAGUGUCAAUUUCUGAAGGAAUGCAAAUCCCUAAGUUAAAAACGACCUUCGGAACAACUUUUGAUGCUGUCACCACUGAUGAGGAAACCACCAGGAACGUCACCCCAUAUGAGGAAGAGGAGGAAAGCGAAAAUGUAAAAGAUCAUCCUGAAGAUGACACUGAUGUUAUAAGAGAAACUCCACUGCUGCCUUUCUUUGAACAAGGAGCCGAAAAUCCAGCAUCCGAUUCCCUCAAAGAUCAGAAAGUUCGUCCUACGACACAAGACGAUAAACCAAAAACUGCAGAGGAAAAGAACAUGUGGACGUCACUUGGAGAUGCAGUUUUUUCCGUUGUGACUGGUGGGGAGAGGACAGCUGAAGAUUUGAGUUCAGAGGAAGACGAAGAUGAUGAUGAAGAUGAGGAGGAAGCUGCUUCAAAAUCCCCUCUAAGUCUUGACGUAAAACCACUAACACCAGGGUUACCAAAAGAGCCAGAAAAAAUAGAUCCAGUUCUUGAAGACCCUCCUAAUUCAAUGUCUACAGAUAGUAAGAAAACACUCGAUUCGAAGAAACUCUUGUUUGAUCGUGACAAUGAUAGUGACAUAGUAGAGCCAGAAAAAAUAGAUCCAGUUCUUGAAGAUCCUCCGAAUUCAAUGUCUACAGAUAGUAAGAAAACACUCGAUUCUAAGAAACUCUUGUUUGAUCGUGACAAUGAUAGUGACAUAGUAGCAUUCAAACACAAGGAACCUCAGGAUGAAACACUGAAACCCACUGAUAAGCCGAUACACCAUCAAACAGAAGCAAGUGAUCCAAUAUCACAGGACGACUCUUACGCUCAAAAAUCAGAUAUCAAAACAACAGAUGAACCCGUUGAGGAUCAAGAUGAGGGAGAGGUCACAGAAGAUUCAGAGGUCAGCGAUGAAAAUGAAAACAUCCAGGACAGUAGCAUUGCAAUUGAGCAUACAGUGGACUUAGACGAAAACAAAACAGUGAUAGAUCAAGAAUUAGCCAUUAACAAGACCGAAACACAUCAGGAUCCGUCUACUGAUUUAGAUAUUAGAGAUGACGAUGACGAGAAGAAAGCAAAUGACAGCCUUGAACAUCAAUAUCGUGACCGUUCUAUCACAGAUUUAGAAAGUAAUGACAGUCAACCAGAACUAUCUGUUGAGGAACCAAAGAUUCACAAGGAACUACCUACAGAGGAGAUGGAAGACGAGAAAUACGCCGAGGUAGAUGAGGAGAUGCACGAAGAAAAAGAAUUACUUGAAGAUGAAAAUGCACUUUCUUUUUCGCAAUCAGAUGAUGAUGCAGAUGCAGAUGCUGAUGAACCCUCACCAGAAGCAGUUGUGCACACCGAGCCAGAGCCAGAGCCAGAGCCAGAAUACAGUGAUAGCAUAAUGAGACUGACUCUGCUGCGUGACCACUUCACAGAGGAGAACAUGGUGCGCUUCCACAAGAUUCUGGGUCUCAAGAAUCUCUACAAAGUGGAGGCCAUGUUCACCAUCCUGGACACAGAGUUACAGGCUACUCGUCUUUCACAACCGGGCACUACACAAGACAUCGAGAAUGCACUCGAGAGUAUCCUGGAAUCCUCAGAGAACGCUAUCCUGGAUGAGAUUGAGAAGAUGCUGGAUAACCGUGAUACAAGACACGAUGAUGAAAACCAAACGGGCACAAGCAGUUUGGACGAGGAAACUGAAAUAUUGGACGACUUUCAGGAGCUGUCAUUCAGCCUACGACAGAAGUAUUCAACAGCCAGUGAUAGCACACCUAUGGCAGUAGAGAAAGUACCAGUCCAAGAUGAACAUGAAUUAAAUGUCAAAGAAGACGUGCCCAACACAGUUGAAGAGGAAAAAGUUGUCAUCCCUGAGACGGAAACUGAUGACAACCUCACAGUCACAGAUCUUGAGGAAAAGCAAGCAAAGGUUGAAGAGGAGCCAGUCCUUUUGGAGGAAGUGCACACCGGAUCGGAUGUUAGUGUGGAGGAGGAUGGUGGACACUUCAAUAAAAACAAAGACAAUCAGCCAAGCUUCACUGCCUCAGAAGAACUGCAAAAGGUUCCUCAAGCCGUUCUGGAAAAACCCUUAGACAUGGGCCUUGGUGUCGUGAUGGAGCAGUCUCCCUCAGAAUCUUUGGACUCCAAGGAACCGGUGUCUGAACUUCAUGAAGAGGAAGUGGGAUUAUUCUCAGUUGGAAUUGUGUACAUGGGCUGCACCGUUUCAAUGAUCAAGACCAGAGUCGUAGAGUGGACUGUUGUGAUGAUUUCACUACUGCCAGAAGAGUGGAGGCCAGGGGAAACCUUGUUUGGCUGUCCUUGGCAAGCUGUUGUCAUCACUGCUUUUGUGGGAGUAGUGACCUUCACCCUCUUCUUCUGGAGGACCGUGUUGGCUGUAAAGAAGAGGGAGUACCUUGUGGAUGAAAAAAGGCUCAUAGAGCAAAUGGAAGCGCUCAAAAAAGAGAAGAGUGAUGCUCUCACCAAAAUGGCUGAACUCCAGAAACAGACUGAAAAACUGAAAGAAAAUCAAAAACAAUCCGAGGUAACCGUUAGUUCUACAAAGAAAAGGUUACAAGACCUGGAGAGUAAAGUUUUGAAAGCUGAAACACGGAAUGAACAAAUGACUGAAGAAAAGGACACAUAUGCAAAACUGCUCAAAGAAGAGCGGGAAAACGCUCUACAAAAUGAAACUCGGAUUGAGAAAUUGGAGAAGUCAAACGAGAAGCUGCAGCUCAGCAGGAAAAAGAUUCAGGAAGCGCUCUCCAAGACUACUGUUCUCUUGGAUGAGUCCAAGAUUCGUGAAGAUGCACGAAAUGUUCAGCACAAAAGUCUUGAGAAAGACUACGCAACACUGAAAGAAGAAAACAAAACACUUAAGAGUACUAUUAAGACCUGGGAGGACAAACACAAGGAGCUGAGUGAACAGAUUAAAGUCUAUCAAAAGUCUCAGAAAGAGCUGGAGGACUCAGUGGUGCUCAAAGAUCACAACGUGGAGGUGCUGUCGGAACUUCUGUCAGACCUCGACGCUUGUGAUUUACAAAAAGGCGACAGCAAGGUCAAUGGUGAAGUAGCAGCUGAUAAGAAGACUGCCAUAAAGAACAGGAUCAAACAGAUGAUGGACGUUUCACGGGUCCAGACCACACUCACCGUAGUUGAAGAAGAGCGUGAUCGCUUCAUGACCAAACUGCUGAAUGAAGAAAAGAGUAGAAAGGCACUUGAAGAGCAACACCAGGAGCUUGAACAUGCGAUUGCAACCAUGAAAAGCGAGAAGAGCCACCUUGAAAACCAGUUCCAGAUCCUCCAGCAGAAAAAUGAAAUCAUGAUUGAAAUGUACCAACAAAAGGAGAAUGCUUUGCAGCAGAGAUUAACCAAGGAGGAGCUGGAGCGUCGCAGCAAAGAGAGCAUGUUGUCAGAGGUGGGAGGAAAAGCCGUGGAGGCCGAAGAGCAGGUUAAACUCUUAAGGCAUCGCAUCAAUGAAAUGGAGGAGCAAAUGAAGAAGACUGAGGAAGUCUAUAAAGAACAGAUAAAAGAACAGGAAAACAAAACUCACUCAAACUGGGUGAAUGCUCGUAAUGCAGAGCGAGCUCUGAGUCAAGAGAAACUUGAAUCAUCCAAGCUCCGUGAGAAACUGGCUGUACUCACCUCCCAGCUAAACGAGCGCCGCGCUCCUCUCUUCAGACCGAACUCUGGACAGCCUGCAGGUCCUCGCCAAGGUGAUUCGUAUGGGCCCUCUCCUGUGAGUGGAGGAGCCCCCUCCCCUCCAUUAAUGAUAGAGGGUCCCAGGCGCCCACCCUCUGCCCCAGUAGGGCGAAGAAUUGACCCGUAUGGUCCACGACCUCCAUCAGACCCACAUGGCCGUUACCCUGACAACAAACACAUCCCUGGGAUGGACAUGAUGGGCCCCCGGAGCUCAUCACCAGCCAACAUGGACGGAUCUGGUCCUGGAUCCUUCCUAGCAUCUCCCAUCAGGGACUCACCUGGCCCCGGACCCCAUGAGCCAAUGCUCCCUCCUGGACCCCAUGGUCGCCUCCCACCACCCGGACCUUACAGACCUCCACGACCCGGCAUGUACCAUCUGCCACCUGGACCACAUGGUCCAAAUGUACCACCUCCUCAUCACGGGCCUCCACUACCCGCCAAUGGUCACCCAGGUAUGCCCCUGCCUGGACCAAUGGGAGGAGAGUUCGGUCCUCGCCCUGCCAACGGACAUGCAUUCCACCCCAGGCCAGGCCCUGGACAUGUCAUUGAUCCUCGGGGUCCACCGCCUCCACACUUCCGUCCCCCUCCGCCUCAUCAGUUCGGGCCAAUGCCGCUGCCACACAGUGUUCGUGGGCCCAUGGGACCACGUCCACUCAUCCCUCCUGACAUGCGCUUCCCGGGACCGCGUGACCACCCUAGCGCACCAAUGGACCUGCCUCCAGGUGUCCCACCCCAUCCUGGACAUGGUGUUGCUUAUGGUCAGGCUCCACCUGAUGCCCUCCACAACUCAGCAGGAGCUCACACUGGCCCCGGGCAGGACCGGCCCCUGAAGCAGGAAGCCUCUCAGGACUCAGCAAGGGCAGGAACGGUCAAGCCUUAAAAACGCCACCAGCUACAGUGGAGGACUUGAACACCCCCAUAUCCCAAACCCAUCACAUUAACAAACCAGAUCCAGUCCAAACAUACAUCAUGAUUAUUUUCAUAUUUCAGUUAUAAAAUAAAAACUAUAAUGAUGUUUAUUAAAAAAAACAUGGUCCUUAAAUUUAAAGCAUCAUCAAUACUUCUGUCUGAAAUUGAUAUGGUCAAGAGUUGAGAGGGUUGCCACUUUUUAAACAGCUUAUCGUGCAAUAACAAUUCAUUAUAUGCCAGAGGAUUUUCAUUUGUGUUGAUCUUUUAAAAAAAAAUAUAUAUAGCAAUGAUUUUUAAGGAGCGAAAUGUUUUUAAUGUCAUUUCCUGUGGAAAUUAUUUUAAAAGAAGAGAAAACAAAGGAGGUUUAGCUUUUAGCAUUUCAGGAUUACCAUCUUUUCCUCAAAGCUGUUGCUUUAGAACCAACUGUAAAGCAAAUGUGUCAUUUGAUGGCCAGAUGUAUAACUUAUUUUACUAUGUUGGUAGAACUUUUAAUAAUAAAGAAUGUAAAAGCUGUCGGUGUUAUGCUAUCAAGCGGUUACAGUUCACUUACAGAGGAUCUACUUUACACACGUCUUAUCUAUAUAGUUUACAACAUGUGGCUUUAGAAAAAAGUAAUGCAUACAUCUGAGCUGUUUCUGAGUCAGAGGCCUUCAUUUUAGGACAGUUAAAUGAAAACCUUUUCAUAAUAUCUAGUGGUGUAUAGGCAUUAAGAUACCUUUGGUUUUACUUGGCCUGCUUUGUUGUAUCUGUCUCUGCCCAAAUACAGUGAGGUGAAAUUUUGUUUGUGGUGCUUACUGCUUGAAAAAUUGCAUUAAAAAUGCUGAAUGGGUGCCCAUG